AUGAAUAGGAUUUUGGAAUCACGCGCGGUUAAUUUGAGGAUCAGGACUACUUCUACUCGGACACUUAAUGGGAUUCUUCGAAGGGCAUUGUCAACGAAGGAUCUUGAUGCUAGUAAAGGGAGUGAGUCAGUAUGAUGCAAAUUAUGAUAUGUGAGGACUGAUAAUAUGAGAAGGUCGAGAACGAGUUGUUAUACUAGGAUCUGGGUAAGUUUCUGUUCGGAGAUACAUGGGUUUCUGAUCUAAUCGACACCUCAAAGCUGGUCGGGAUUCGUCCUCUCCCGACAAUUGGACAAGAAGAAAUUCCAACCUGUGGUCGUCUCACCGAGAUCGUACUUUGCUUUCACGCCUCUUCUUGCUUCGACUGCUGUUGGGACUCUGGAGUUCCGAACGACCGUUGAAUCUGUGAGGGCGAGGUCGUCGGGUGUGGAGUUCUACCAAGGAUGGGCAGAUGAUGUGAAUUUUCAUGAGAAGAGACUUAGGAUUGAGGAGGCGGUUGUCAGACAGGUUCCAAAUGCGGCCUUGGAUGAGAAGACUGCGAAGAAAGGUCAGGUUUUUGAUCUGAAGUAUGAUAAGCUUGUUGUGGCUGUUGGGUGUUAUUCUCAGACUUUUGGAACCCCCGGCGUGAGGGAGAAUGCGUUAUUUUUGAAGGAUGUUGUUGAUGCUAAGAAAAUCCGGAGGAGGAUUUUGGAAUGUGAGUUCCCUGAAGUCCCGUCGUUCUCUGUACAUAGGGUAUACUAAAAUGACUAGGCUUUGAAACCGCUGCGUUACCAACGACUUCUCCCGAAUUGAGAGAUUCGUUAUUGAGGUUUGCCAUCGUUGGUGGUGGCCGUAAGUAACAUGAAAUCCCGAUUAUUCUCAGAUAGCUAACUCUUGUCAGCCACUGGAAUCGAGUUCGCCGCAGAACUAUUUGAUCUCUGCAAAGAAGAUCUCAAAAGGGUGUACCCAACCUUGAUCCCCCAUGUGUCCAUCACGGUAUAUGACAUAGCGCCCAAGAUCCUCCCAAUGUUUGACGGCAAACUCGCCGACUAUGCACUUAACCUCUUCAAGCGAGACGGGAUAAAAAUCAAAACCGAGCAUCAAAUCGUGUCCCUUGAACCAGGACUCCCAGGCUCACCUCCCAACGAUGGAGGUUGCUACACCCUAAAAACCAAACAAGAAGGCGAAUUUGGAGUCGGAAUGUGCGUCUGGUCCACCGGCCUAAUGAUGAACCCCUUCAUCCAAAAAGCCCUCGACGACGUACACACCUUCCCCCUCUCCUCGGCCACCCUCUCCGCACCCAUGAAAGAAGAACCCACCUCCAAAAAAUGGUCUCUGAAGCGCUCCCCCCGCAACGGCGGCCUCAUCGUCGACUCCAACUUCCGCGUCAAGCUCAUCCCCAAGAACGGAAACGGGGCGCCUUCCCGGCUCUCUAACAGCACCCCUCUCCCCGUCGAAGCAACCAUGCACGAUGUCUUCGCUCUGGGAGAUGUCUCGGUAUUCGAACAGGGGCAGUUACCUGCCACGGCCCAAGUCGCAUCCCAGGAAGCGAAGUGGCUGGGCAAACGACUGAAUAGAGGGGAUGUUGGACAGGGCGACGGCUUCAGGUUCACGGAUAUGGGCGUCCUGACGUAUGUCGGGAACAUGAAGGCGAUUAUGCAGGGUAAGGGGGGGACGGAGGUUAAAGGGAGGACGGCGUGGUUAAUUUGGCGGGGUGCGUAUUUGACUAAGACGAUGAGUUGGAGGAAUAAGUUGUUGAUUCCUAUGUAUUGGUAUGUUUUUUUCUCGCUUUUCCCUUUCCCCCUCCCUUUAUUUUGGCUUUGGUCCUGGGUGGAUGUGCUAAUGAGGGAAUAGGGCUAUUAAUUGGUGUUUUGGGAGGGAUAUUUCGAGGUUUUGAGAUGGUUCGUUGGUUCGUAUUUCAUGAUGGAGAGUGGGAAUUGAGGGUUGGAAUGAUGGUGUAGGAUUAGAUUCAGAUUGCACCUGGUGUUCACUUGGAUAGACGGGGUAUGGAUUUCUUUUGUUUGUCUGGACGUAGCAUAGAAUAGAAUAGAUAGAUACUCAACAUAAAUACGUAGACAUUUCCCCUCUUA